AUGUCCGUGAUGCGAUUACCACUUCGGCCCCUACCCUCGCCAGGCAGAACCUGCAUGCGCUACUUCUCUUCGGCCUCGAAGAAGCAAGAAGACGUCCUCGACAUCCUCAAAACCUCCACCGCCGGCCGCCACCCUUCCAACACCGGUGCCCCAUUCCCUCCGAGUUCCCCAUCCAAGUCCCCGUCCACGCCCCCUCCCACCUCCGCCUUGUCGCGCUUCGCCCGCGGCGCCGGUCUCGACAGCACCACGCCCUCGCGCGAGCUCGCCGAAUCCGAACGCAUAGCCCAGUACCAGCGCCAGAUAUACCGCAAAUGGCAGCCCGGCGACGUGUACUCGCCGCACGACCUCAGCGGGACCGAGCAGAAGAAGUGGAAGUACGGGCGCAAGAAGCCGCAGCAAGAUGCCUUUGAUGUACUGGGCAUCAAUCCCGUCCUGGAGUACAAGAAUUUUACCAUGAUGUCCGAGUACAUGACGGAGAUGGGCCGAAUAAAGCAUUCAAAGGAUACGGGCUUACGGCCUAAGAAUCAGAGGAAGAUUGCCAAGGCGAUACGGAGGGCGGUUGGGCUGGGGCUUAUGCCUAGUGUGCAUAGGCAUCCGUUGGUGUUGAAGAAGAGUUCGCCAACCAGGUUCUUGUAA